AUGGACGCCAUACCCCCCUCUUACGAGAGCGCCACGAUGAGGGAUGCUCUGGCCCUCAUCGCGCACUAUAUCCCUUCAGCAGAUCUCUGUGCUGUGUCGCUUGUCAGUCGUCGAUGGCAUGCCAUCUUUAUACCACAUCUGUGGGGAAACCCCGCCUCACACUUUGUCGCGCUGACCCGGUUCAGACGGACGUUGAAACUUGCUCGGCUCAAAGUCCGCGCUCUUACGCAUACUCUUCACUUGCCUCCGGCGCUGUCAGAGAUCUACGGUGGCCCUCGUCCUGAAUGGCUCCGAGAUAUUCUGGACUAUCUGCCUCACUUGCAGUCAUUGAUAGUGUCAAAACUGCCGUUUUUUGACCACAAUGCGACCUACAACCUACGCGUUGCGGAGGGAACGCAAUCCAGCCAUGCUUACAAUCUUCGCCUGCUUUUGGCGGAGCGAGAGCCAAACUCGACUUCACUUGGCAUUGCCCGUGCACUCUAUCGGUUUCCUGCAUUAGUAUACCUGGACCUAUCCUAUACUUUGCCUGCCAAAGACCGGCAAGUCUUGGCUAUGCUGCACGACCUUUCGGAUCUCCAAGUACUGAAGCUGCGAGGGAUUGGACUGAGGGAUGCUGAUGCCGAGUUUCUUGCGAACGCGAUCAAAUCAAGGGUUCGGGUUCUCGAUAUACGGAACAACAUGCUGACGGAUAUGGCUGUCAGAUCGCUAAUGCAAGCGUGUUUCCUACCAGAACGAGUCGUUCGGAGUCAAUCAAAUGCCUCCGGUCGAUCGAGAAAUGACCAUGCAGCCGAAGUACUACGGUGGCCUGACCUGGGCGAAAAGUUUCUGGAAUUACUUACUCGCCCUCUCACGGGUCGCUCUCUAAUAGAAAACCUACCUCAUGUAGGCAUAACGCACUUGUACAUAUCCGACAACCAACUAACGGUCGAGGGGAUUGCCGGGCUUCUUGCAUCAAAAAGAUUGCACCUGCUUGACGCUGGAACCGUCGAUACAGUCAAAUUGUUGACACAUGGCCAGUCUCCUCUAUCACCCACUGCUGGCACCGAUAAUGUUCAUCUGUUGCCUGGCGCUGAAAAACUGACCCCAAUAAUCGGAAUAUUUGCAAAGGAAAACUUGACAUAUCUCAGACUGCAUCAUGCAGUUGUAACCAAGGACGCACCUUCCAAGGAAGCGAUGUCACUGAGUGACCUCCUCCCCGAGAUGCCAGCGGAUGGAUUGGGUAUUAAUCAUUUCUUUGCCGAGUUGGACGUCGCACAGGAAAUCCAUGAGCUACCGGGAGAUGCCCCCGUUUAUGAAUUAGCAGACACUGCAGUGGAACAGCUUCCUACGAAUCAUCCAAUUUCCGCACCCAGACGUGAACAGUACCAAGAUGAACCAUUACCACCUCGCCGAGGCUCGACCUUUGCACCGGAGGCUGUAGAAGACCCGGGCGACUGUUCUAAUAACCCAGACCAGCAUGAUUUAGACAGCAAGAAUGCGAUACAAUUUGCCAAAUUGCGGGCCCAGAAAGUACAAGAACUCCUUGCGAAGCGACCAAAGAAUAAAGUUCUUCCUCUUCGACGCGGAAAUGCGGCUUUCCCCUACCUGCAUCCCUCUCAUAUACCCCAUGUGAAGACCUUGGUACUCACUGAUGUUCCAUCACAUGUCCCAGCAGAUUCACCAAUCAUCUCCUCUCUUACCCGGUUCAUUACUGCAUGCUCAGACGAGACGUUACUCGCCAAGCUUCAAGCAAGAGCAGACUAUUCAAUCCCACCAGGUCGUGAUAGGGCCAAAACAGAACACCAACUCGCUGCAUCCUUGUUUGCUUUGAAACGCCUCGUCUUGGAGAUAACCCCCGUGUCUACGACCAGCGAACCUCAAAAGUUGAGUGCCUGGCGACCACAACAGCGUGAUCAUACCGACUGGAAAUCAUCAACGGGAGACGCCGAUUCCGAGCGGCUUUGGUCAGCAGCUAUGGAGGAUUUUAGCUUUUUCGGAAACGAAGAAUGUGGCGUGCCAGAUUUCCCUGAUGAGGCAAGAACCACCAGUUUCCCCAUGGCGGCCUUGAAUCAGAAAGUGCAUCUUAUUUCGGACGACGAGUCUGCAUAUUCUAGUCUAUCGGAACUAGAAGCACCAAGAUCUUCUCACGAGUCAUCUAGAAAGCCAUCUCCGCAGCUUCUUUCACCAUCAUCAUUGGGAGGAGGAGGAGGAGGAGGAGGCCGAAUAUCCCAUGAUUCAAAUGAAACCAGGCAGUCUUCAAUAUCCCCACGAUCGUCGCCGACUCCCAACACUUCGAAUCCCGUGACGAAAACAACCGCAACCGAGCCUAAGGUAGAUCUUGUAUCCAUACUGGCAACAUUCAGACGCACAAGAAAAUCCCAGUUUGAAGACCUUCAAAAAGCCGAUCGAGACAAGCGGCGAGAAACGCAGAGGAUGGAGUCACCUAUUUUAUCAUCGCCCAGCACUCCGACUUCACCUCACGCACUUCCCACGCAUGUGGAAGGGCAUUGGACGGGGGAGGUGAAUGUAGUCCGCAACGCAGAGCCCAAGGGUAGAACUGGCGUGGUUGAUAUAUUCGGCAACUAUUUUGAAAACGGCUAUCUUUAUCCAUGA